GCACACUUCCAGCCUGGCUGACUUCGCCCCUGCACUGGGAUGGAUGUUGAAGCCAGCGACGUGGACCCCAGCGACGUUGACCACAAGCCCGGGUCCCAGGGGGGCAACCCCGCCGACGACACACGUGGACUAUUGGACGUGAUCUCCCAAGAGACCCAGAAUGACACCGAGGGUCAGACUCCGGCGUCGGCCUCUCCCGCCGUGUCGGAGGUGUUGGUUCAGGAUGUUUCGUGCAGUUGUACAGAGAAUGAAGAUGGCACGUUAUUGUUGAAUACAGAAUGGGAAGAUGCCGAUGUUGGAUUGGAGAUUCUGGAGGAAGCUCUGCCAUGUUUAGAGGGGCCUCUAAAGGAUGAAUUUCUCUCGCUCUGGCUGGAAGGUCACGAUCUCAGUCAUGGCGACGAUUCUCUUCUGCAGCCGACAGACACGUUGCCUUUCACGUUCUCAUCAUCGUCUUCAUCGGCCAGCCCAGAAAUGUUGAAGGACUGGGAAACAGGGAUGAACACGAGCGUCAGUGGGGUCGUCACAGAGCAGCCAUUGAAGCCAUCGAGGAGAAGCCUGCCCUGUCUGGCCCAGAGCCAAACCUUGCCCAACCAUCUCAGCAACCACUCCCUACAGCAAGGAUCCCAUCUGCAGGACACGCUCUCUGCAGGACCAUGUACCACAGAUAUCCCUGUCCAAAGCGAGAAGACUGGCUCGAGUGUCAACGACUUGCUUUACGGUUCCCAACAGGAUUCUCAGCCCAAACCCUGGGCACCAGAAUCUGUUCCCAUCUGCAUUAUUCCCCAAGAUGACGAUCAGGAGUGGAGCACAGCAGAAUCGGAACAAAGGACCUACGAUUCUCAAACUGACCAUAUCUUUCUCCUUCAGACCUCCACACAGCAAAUACUGCUGGAGCCCCCCAGCGAUGAGCGGAUGGAUAAAGAACUCUCUGUGUCGGAAAAUAGUCUGUUCUUCAAAGAUGGCCGGAAGAGGAUUGACUAUAUCUUGGUCUACAAAAAAACGGACAUGCACGUUGAGAAAAGGAGCACCUUUGAAAAGAACCUGCGUGCGGAAGGACUGCAGCUGGAGAGGGAGCAAUCCAUCACAAACGCUGACGUGAUGUUUGUGAAACUCCACGCACCCUGGGAAACUAUAUGUAAAUAUGCGGAGAUCAUGAACAUUCGAAUGCCAUUCAGUGUUCAGAAGAGCAUGCGACACGUGAAGAGCUGGCUCCCACGGAACCCGAUGCAACUCGACAAAGAAGCUCUACCCGAUCUGGAAGAGGCAGAGAGCUACACGGCACCGUUCAGUAGAGCACGCAUGCAUCACUUCACCAUCAACAACAAAGACACAUUUUUCAGUAAUUCUACCAGAAGUCGGAUUGUACACCAUGUGCUACAAAGGACCAAAUAUGAAGAUGGCAAAUCUAAAAUGGGUUUAAACAGGUUGCUGAGCAAUGGAACAUAUGUGGCUGCGUACCCACCGCAUGAGGGAAGCUACAAGAGCCGGCAUGACAUCAUCACGCAUGGCGCUCUCAAUCACAGGCACUUGCUGUACGAGCGAUGGGCCAGGUGGGGCAUGUGGUACAAGUACCAACCACUGGACCUCAUCAGACGGUACUUUGGAGAGAAGAUCGGCCUGUAUUUCGCCUGGUUGGGUUGGUACACUGGGAUGCUAAUCCCGGCUGCCCUCGUUGGGGUUCUGGUAUUUCUGUAUGGACUACUUACAUCUGACCACAGUCAAGUCAGCAAGGAGAUCUGUGACGCCAAUGAUACCCUCAUGUGUCCAAUGUGCGAGCGCAACUGUUCUUACUGGAUGCUGAGUGAAAGCUGUGCCUACGCAAAGAUGACGCACCUGUUUGACAAUGGAGGCACGGUUUUCUUUGCCAUUUUCAUGGCGCUGUGGGCCACAGUAUUUCUGGAGUUUUGGAAAAGGCGAAGAGCGGUCCUGACUUAUAACUGGGAUCUGAUUGACUGGGAAGAAGAGGAGGAAGAACUUCGUCCCCAGUUCGAAGCCAAGUAUUCCAAGAAGGAGCGUCUAAACCCCAUCACGGGCAAACCGGAACCGUUCCAGCCCUUCGUCGACAAACUCAGCCGUCUCCUGGUGUCUGUCUCAGGAAUAUUCUUCAUGAUCCUGCUGGUCCUGGCUGCGGUGUUUGGUGUGGUGCUGUACCGACUUGUGACCAUGGAACUCUUUGCCUCCUUUCGCUGGGAGUUUGUGAAGAAGAACUGGCAGUUUGCCACGGCUGGUUCGGGGGUGUGCAUCAACUUUGCCAUCAUCAUGUCUCUCAACGUGGUUUAUGAAAGAGUUGCAAGGAUGCUGACAAACUGGGAGCACCCUCGCACGGAGUCAGAAUGGGAGAACAGCUUUGCCUUGAAGAUGUUCCUCUUUGAGUUUGUCAAUCUCAACAGCUCCAUCUUCUAUGUUGCUUUCAUUCUCGGCAGGUUUGCAGGGCGGCCUGGAGCCUAUGCCAAGCUGUUUCACCGAUGGAGACUGGAAGAGUGUCAUCCCAGCGGCUGCCUGAUCGACCUGUGUAUGCAGAUGGGGAUCAUCAUGGUGCUGAAGCAAAUGUGGAACAACUUCAUGGAGCUCGGAUACCCAUUGUUACAGAACUGGUGGUCACGGAGAAAGGUGAAGCGAGCCAGUCACGAUGAGGCGAGCAAGUAUUACCUACCUCAGUGGGAGCAAGAUUGGAACCUGCAGCCCAUGAACAACCAUGGACUGGUAGACGAGUAUCUGGAAAUGGUUCUACAGUUUGGCUUCACCACCAUAUUUGUUGCUGCUUUCCCCCUCGCCCCCCUGCUCGCUCUUCUCAACAACAUCAUCGAGAUACGUCUGGACGCCUACAAGUUUGUCACACAGUGGAGGCGGCCUCUACCUGCAAGGGCCAAGGAUAUAGGAAACUGGUACGGGAUCCUGGAAGGAAUCGGUGUAAUGGCCGUGAUCACCAACGCCUUUGUCAUUGCCAUCACCUCCGACUACAUCCCUCGAUUUGUGUACACGUAUAAGUACGGACCUUGUGCGGACCAGGGAUACUCUGAUGAUAAGUGUUUGACAGGUUAUGUCAGUGAAAGCCUGGCUUAUUUCAACAAGAGUGAGUUUGGUACUCACGACACUGGCUACUGCAGGUACAGAGAUUACCGGGCUCCUCCGUGGGAUCCUAACCGGUACGAGGUCACGCUACAGUUCUGGCACGUCCUGGCUGCGCGAUUGGCUUUCAUCAUCGUGUUUGAGCAUUUUGUGUUUGGCUUCAAGGCCUUCAUCGCCUACCUGAUCCCCGACAUGCCCAAGGACCUGUGCGACCGGAUGCGCCGGGAGAAGUACCUGGUGCAGGAGAUGAUGUACGAGGCGGAACUGGAACACCUGCAGAAGGAGAGGAAGCGGAGCGGCAGCCGAUACCAUGAAUGGCCUUAGCAUGACGAAUGCAAACACUGACCACAUCAUUGCCAUGGGACUGUACUGCUAUGGAGCCGUCAGCUAAGCUGCACAAGUUCUUGCAAGUUUUUUUAAAUGUCUUACAUAUAUAUAAAUAUAUAUAUAUAUAUAUCUAUCUAUAUAUAUCUAUAUAUGUAUAUAAAAAUAUACAUAAACUUUUAUAAAGACCUCAAAUGCAUGUUAUCAAAAGAUCAAAACGUUGAGUGCUGAAUCUGAUUUUGGAUUUUAAGUCUGCAAGAUUGGUCGGUCAGGAAACCACGUGACAAUUUCGGUGUUUGAUUUUAUUUUCGAGAAUUGCCACAAAAAGAUGAAUGCAAGUUCGCUGGUCAGGUUUGGUUGGUCCAUUUUUACCAAAGAGCAAGAUGUCUAUUUUCUAGGCUGGACCCGUUUGUUUAAGGUGGAGAUUGACAGAUUCUCCCCAGUUUCGAGCGCCUCACGUUGUUUUGCCGAGCCUGUCCUGCAUUGUGGCACAGAUGCCGUCAGACAUCUCCCCCCCCCCCCC